AUGACUAUCAUCCAGCGCACAAUCCCCAAGGCGAUCAAGGUUGCUGGAGUAGCUGGCUUUGCAGGCCUGGGCAUAUAUUGCACGAAGCAAUUCUCAACAGCGUUUGCGGAAUCGAACGAGCCAAAAUCAGUCUUCUCUGGGCUGGGUUUCACCACUUUGCGCUUGCAGAGCACCAAGAAUGACGCCGCGCUCCUAGCCAUCACCCAUCCUGGAGGAAGCUGGCUUCCUACGAUACGACCAUACACUCCUAUAAGUGACCUGGAUGAACCAGGACAUAUUGAACUUAUGGUCAAGAAAUACCCGGAUGGGAAGGCCAGUGGUUACUUGCACUCCCUGAGACCUGGAGACUCACUCACAUUUGCGACUUCACUCAAAGGCUAUCAAUGGAAGCAGAAUGAGUUAUCACAUGCCUACCUCUUGGCUGGCGGGGCGGGAAUCACGCCUAUCUAUCAGCUUAUCAAAGGCAUACUGAAAGAUCCGCAGGAUAGAACGAAAUUGACUCUAAUCUUUGGAGUCAAUUCCGAGGAAGAUCUACUAUUGAAAGAGGAAUUUGAUCGUUAUGCCACAGAGUUUCCUGACCGCUUUAACUACAUAUACACUGUUAGCCGUCCAAAAGAGGAGAACUCCCCUUACAGAACAGGGUACAUCGACGAGGAGCUUCUAGAGAGCACAUUCAAGGAGUCGACGCAGAAUACCAAGGUCUUCAUUUGUGGUCCUCCGGCGAUGGAAGAUUCUCUGGUUGGAACAAGAAGAUCGCCUGAAGGAAUCUUGAGCCGAUUGGGCUUCUCCAAGGAUCAGAGCUUUGUAUAUAGAUAUGCAUCUGACCUGAAGUCGCAGACUACAGUGCCAGGAACCGCAAAGAUGAGCGGACAGACCAAAUCGUUAUAUCCGGAGCCUAAUGUAUUGAGCUCCUCUCUGAAGGUGGGAGCCGUGACUGGAUCUGCUGGGCUCAUAUACGGGGGAAUAUCAGGAGUUAUCCGGUCUCCCCACCCCGUCAUUCAUUCUAUCUCUUGCGGAAUCCACUGGUUUGCAUGUGGAGCCUCCUUUUGGUGGUUGAGAAGUAACAUUCUGAAGCUUCACUAUGAAGACAAGGCGACCCCUAAGCAACGGGCUUAUGUCAGCGCCCUCUCUGGCGGAGUUGCCGGAGGGGCUGUUACGAGGCUAAUGGGCGGCCGACUUGUCCCUGGACUAGUUGUUUUCUCGCUACUAGGCUAUGUCGGGCAAAGCUCUUAUAAUGCGAUCGACACCUGGCAAAUGGAGAACGCGAAUACGACGUCUAAGCCGUUCCUGCAGCGGAUGGCCGACUCCAAAUGGAUCCCGCUCAAGUCACUCUCAGAUGACGAUUACAGGGGUAUCCUGAACGAGAAAGUGUUGAGUAUCGAGGCUGAGAUCGCACUCAUUGACGACAAGAUCGGGGAGCUUGAAAAGCUCAAGACUAGUGGUCUCGAAUCGGGAAAUUCGGAUCCUGCAGCUAAGUAGUCGGUUUCUAGACGGCCACUAGCAACUUGGCUAUGGGUGAGAAAGAGAAAAAGUUACGGCCAAUCUCGAAUGGUUGGGGGUCGAUCUUACAUGUCCGAUCUAAGUAUGUUAAGGAGAGGACUGUGUGAUCGGGGGAUGGACGUAGAUCGUUCAAUUCUCCUCUAGGAUGGAAAUCCCAGCAGCAUUGUGUGUUGCACUUGCACUCAGUUUUGCAAUGAUUCUGUGCUGCUACUCAGGGGGUUAUGAGGUUGCGACUUUAGCCUUCGACCAACAACAUGCUGGUCGGAUCUGCCGUACCUUUGAGUUGGCUACGGAUGCCGGUGCCACCGCUUCCAUGAAGCCUCCAGAAGGAGUUUUACCUUUUGUCAUGUAUCAUAUUGUUCCCAGACCCAUGUAUUUUAAUUUGAAACAAAACCUUGUAUGAUCAU